UUUUUGCGACGAGCUCUGAGAGGGCUAUGACCAAGUUCCGCCUCAAAAAUGUCUCAGCCCACGCCCUCGCCGCGAAACGCGUUCGAGGUGCUGAUGGCAAGGAAGAACUCGCCAGCCGUGAAAGUAAAAUCUGGUGCUAAGAGCCCUGGCGGCCGAACGUGGAGUGCUGGGCAACAGACCGGAGCAGCGGCAUCGCGCCCAUCGCCUUCUCGCGCUUCCGCUGUUGCGACAGGGGAGGUCCAGCAUAACCCGCAACUUUAUUUGCCAGCCAGCGUGGAGGCGGGCGCGGCUCAUGGCGACGCUGCAACGAAAGGAGCCGCUGACGGACCCGUGGGCGAGGACUCGGCGGAGGGCGUUCUGCAGCAUCCUGCCGCCGACAACGCGGUGGGGGCCCCGGGCGCCUCCGGCCGCAACGACGGCGCUGGCGAGCCGCCAGCGAAGCGGCCACGGCUGCAGGACCUGUUUGCUAGGCCCACGGCCAAGACGUUCUCACGCCAGGUUCACGACCUAUUCCUGGUCCUGGACCUAGAGGCCACAUGCACCAAGCGACGCGACCUGUUCCCCGUUGAAAUCAUCGAGCUGUCCUGUGUGCUGCUGGACGCGCACAGCCUGGAGGUCCGCGGGGAGUUCCAGGCCUACGUGCGGCCCACGGAGCACCCGCUGCUGGACCCCUUCUGUGUGGAGCUCACAGGCAUUGAGCAGGCGCAGGUGGACACCGCUGCGCCGCUGGGCGAGGUGCUGGAGCGGCUGGACGGCUGGUUGCGGGGGCGGGGCGCGCUGCCGGCGCGGCCCGACUGCUCGCUGCUGCCCGUGACGUGGACGGACUGGGACCUCAAGGUGUGCCUGGAGACCGAGUGCGAGUGGCGCAAGCUGCCGCGGCCGCCCUACCUGCGGCGCUGGUGCAACCUGAAGCGCCUGUUCACACAGCGCUACAAGCGCACCAGCAACCUGCGGGCAUGCGUCGAGUCACUGGGCCUGGAGUGGCGCGGCCGCGCGCACAGCGGUCUGGACGACAGCCGCAACACGGCGGCGCUGGCGGCCCGCAUGGCGCGAGACGGCGCCGUGCUGCGUGUCACAGACAGCUUCAGGGAGCAGCUGCCGCAGGCGCAGCAGGCGCAGCAGCAGGGGCAGCAGGGGCAGCAGCAGGGGCAGGGGCAGCAGGGGCAGCAGGGGCAGGGGCAGGGGCAGCAGGGGCAGCAGGGGCAGGCGCAGCAGGGGCAGCAAGGGCAGGGGCAGCAGGAGCAGGGGCAGGGAGCGACAGAAGGCGAGGCAGCAGGAGCUGGAGCAGGGGAUUCGGGUGAGGGGCCGGUGGAGAGAGGAGGAGCAGCGGCGGCGGCUUGCGGAGGGUGUGGGUCACCGGCUCGGGGGGACGGAGCAGCAGUCGAGCUGCUGGACCCCGGGGAAAACCCGCACGGCACGCCCGGAGGGACAACGAGAGGAGCAGGAGGAGCAGCCGGGGCAGCAGGAGCAGGAGCAGGAGCGAUGGGAGGCGGGGGUGUGCGUGUUGCAAGCAGCCAUGGUGGCAAGGGUGGCAGCGCCGGCGGCAGCGGCGGCGGCGGCAAGGUCGUGGCUGGGCUGCGGCAGACGGUGCUGAGCCUCACGCCACGGAAGCCGCCGCCGCAGCCGCAGCACCCGGGUGCAAAGUCAGAUGGCGGUUUUCCGGCUGCGGGUGGUGCGACUGCGGCUGCUUCUACGGGUGGGACUGAGCCCGGACCGGGCGGCAGCGGCGGCGGCGGCAGCGGCGUGGCAGUGGCGGCGUCACUGGCGGCGGUGCUGCCGUCCGCCGCCACGGCGCCGCCACUGUACGACACGGCGGGGCGCUGGCUGGGCCGGUGCCGCUGCGGCGUGGCGGCGCGGGCGCGCACCGUCAAGAAGCCGGGGGCCAACCUGGGCAGGCACUUCUACAGCUGCGGGCGCUGGUCGCUGACGGACCGGUCGCGGCAGUGCGACUUCUUCGCCUUUGCGGAUGGGUUGCAGCUGGCGCCGGGCGCGGCGCCGGCCGGUGGGGGCGGCGGCGCGGGCCGUACGGGCGGGGGAAGGCGGUAGGUAGCAAGGAGGACGGUUACGCGUCAGCGUGUGUUUGUGUGUACGUAUGUAAGUGUGUGUGUCAAGACGUAGACGGCAGUCCGAAUGCAGCCUGCUGGGGCGGCCUGCCGUUUUGGUAGUAUGCGGGCGGCGCCGUGACUAAUACCGUGCCGCAUGCCACGAACCGUGCAGCAUGCCACGAAACCGUCCCGCCGGAUCUGUAUCCCCGGGCUCGAAAUGAAGCCAUUAGAUUGAAGCCAUCUGUCAGACGUAUUACAGGUGCCUCCCAGACUUUCACUGCGGUUACGCAAGGCGGGGCGCCGGGGCCUCAUCUGGCACGCUUUCAGAAGUUUGGUUAACGUCCCCGAGCGUCGGACCCUGGAUAUAAACCCAUCACUCUGACCAUGUGGACCAGCUACUGGAGCUCUCUCAGCAGGCUUGUCGGGCUAAGGCUGCGGGAAAAAGGCCUCGGGCGUGAAUGCGUCGAGAUGCUUGACCGCAGGUGUGAAGGACUCGCGGUUUCCACCAGAACUGCAAUUUAAAUCAUGCCUAUCAAUAUGAUCGACGACCAGUGGCCUGCGCGAGCUGCUAGAAGAAAGUGUUGUUACCCAACCAAAGGACGAUGCGUGCAUUCCAACAUAGACGCAUAGGCCAUGAUUGAACUAUGUAGGUUACUCAUGGGCCCAGUGUGGCAACGCUUGCGGACGAAAGUGCGUCGAGGACACAAAUCACGGAGGGCCUGCCAAGUUAAGGGGAAUGGGCUUGUUGAUAGUUAGCUAUAU